AUGAAGCUUGUGUCAGUUGUUAUUAUAAUAACACUGAAAGUCACUGCUCUUAUCAUAGAAUUAUACAUAGUCAAUCUCAGUAAGAAGAAUGAUAAAGUGAAAGAAAAGAAGCAGAAGAAUGAUAAGAGAAAGAAAGUCAAGAAGAAGAGCUUAUUCAAGAAGCACUCUGCAGCUGAGAAUACAGAGGCUAGAGCCUUGAAAAAACAGAUGACAAGUGUUGAGUCAGUUGACAGUUAUGAUAUUGAGAUUUUAACUCUUUAUAUUAAAAAUGAGACUCUGUACAAGAAGAAUGCAGCUCUGAAGACUAAAUUCAGAACUAUUACAAGUCUUCUUCAGAUCACUCAAACUGUUCUUGAGAAUAAUAUAUAA